CAGUCGUUCAUUUACGCACAACCUCCAUAACGCGACCUCGAUGCUAUCAUAACGAAUCUCCAUCUCUUCUACACUUUCUUCUCUAUACGCAAGCCGGCUUUCGGCAUCUUGGCCACGGUUUUCAUCACUUCGCGUCUCCUUUGUCUCUCUUCUAUUUCCUUACCUCUUUUUUGAAAUCUCUCAACCAAUGCGCACCUGAUAAAACAACAACUACACUCCGACAAAACAUCUUCACCAAUCAACCAACAAAUAUCAUACGUGGCUACACUUGUCGUCUCUCCUCUUUUCUUUGUCUUUACGGCUUGUACAUUUCGGUCAUCUGUUAUUCGAUUCUUUAACUGCCUUUCAGAGCAGUCUUCUUUCUCGUCUUUUCUCCUUGACUUCGCCUGAUCGCAACCUUGCGUAUAGAAACGUCGAACGCUUCUUUUACAUCAAGGCUGCCUAUUGAUUCACGAUAAAAGAGAAAGGCAUAUAUCGGUUUUUACAUAUCUUGUCACCAAACAAAACGCCUGUAUAAAUAAGUUUUGCUUGUCUUGUUUCGUCUCUUUUUCACUUUUGUUUUCCUCUCAACUUCCCUUUAUCUUAUAUUUUAUUUUAUUUUUCCCAUCUCAACUUCGUCAGCAUGGAAUGCUUGAGGAACAAGUUCACUGGUGGCCUCCUCCUUGAUGGGGGUCGCUACCAGACCAUCUCACCACUCAACCACGGCUCUUUCGGCAUGGUCUUCAUGGCUCAGGAUCUCGUGUCCAACCAGGUUGUCGCCAUCAAGUGCCUGACCAAGAAGUCUGCCCCUUGCGACAUCGGUCUCGAACUCGCCGUUGACGACCGAUCUGAGGAGUAUGCCUUGCACAACGGCCUCGGAUCGCACCCCAACAUCGUCAACCUUCUCGAUACGUUUGAGACUGAUGCUCACAUCUUCUUGGUCAUGGAGUUUUGCUCUCAGGGUGACCUCUACGAGGCCAUCCGAAACGGUCAUGGACCUCUCGAGACCGAGCACGUUCGUCAGUUUAUGCUCGAGCUGGUCGACGCUGUCGCGUUUAUCCACUCUAAGGGAGUCUAUCACCGUGACAUCAAGCCUGAGAACAUCUUCCUCACUCAAGAUGGUGCCAUGAAGCUUGGUGACUUUGGCCUUGCGACUACCGACAAGUGGUCUUACGAGACCACCGUUGGCAGUGACAGGUACAUGGCCCCUGAGCAGUUCGACUCCGCCGGUGCUGGAUACUCGCCCGCCGAGGCCGACAUCUGGGCCAUUGGUAUCUGCCUCCUCAACAUUCUCUUCUCUCGGAACCCAUUCACCACCCCCACCGAGGCUGACCCCCUGUUCCUCGACUUCUCUCGUGACAAGCAGAGCCUGUUUGAUGUCUUCCCUAGCAUGUCCCAGGACACCUACGAGGUCAUUGUGCAGUGCAUGAACAUGGAUCCCAGGAAGCGUUCCCUUGAGGGUGCCCGGGAUGCCCUUCUUCGCGUUGUGAGCUUUACGACGGAGGACGAGAGCCUCGAUGACUUUUGCGGAGCCGAGAACCCAACUGUGGCAUCCGCUCAUCGUGAGCCUCUCCGAACCCCGUCGAUCCAAACCCCACACGUUGAUGGAGGCGCAUUCCCGUGGACCAAGGCGCUUAAUGAGACCCCUGCUCGUCGCCAGCUCAGCGCCAUUCCCGACGACGAGAGCUACAGUGAAGACCUCUUCUCCAAGUCUGGUGAGACGAACGACUGGUGCUCUGCCUACGUUCAGACCCCCUCCUCUUCCAUCCUGGAUACUCGCGUCAUUGAGGCUCGGAUGAGGGCGUUCAACAUUACUCGCCCUCCCCAGCCCAAGCCCAAGGUUUCUCCCGCUGCUGGAUCUCUGCCCAUUGCCAUGGGCAAGCCGUUCCCUUCCAUGGCUGCCGUCUUCGGCAUGCAGAAGGAGACGGUUUCCAAGAGCUGGAGCGACAUGUGGGACGAGGACGAGGAAGAGGAGCAGAUGGAGCAGCAGCGGGUCAACGCUCUCCAGGAGCUCAACUCGCGCACCUGGAGCCACGAGAGCACCAACGAACACUCGGUGCCAAAGACUGAGCCCGCUCCGGCGGCUCACGACAUCAAGGGUGAUGUGGAUGAUGACUUGGUUGCAGAUGGUUUCUUUUUUCACGAGGCCGCGCCACCCACCAAGCACCACGCCUUUACUAUCACGCCGCGCUACUCGCCCCCGUCUAAGCGCGGCAACAUUGACAAGUGGGCGGCGCUUGGUGAGCGUCGUAGGGGCCAGAAUAUCAGCAUGGAGCCGGAGAAAAGUCCCGGUUGGAAGCAGCGUCGUCAUUUUGGGCUUGGAUACAGCAACAACAACAAUAACAAUCACAAAUCUUAUGAAGCGGGCGUUUGGGAUCAUUUUUCUACUUCUCACAAUAACAAUACUUUUAACAACCAUUAUGGAAAGGGCUGGAGCAAGGAUCGCCUCAAGGAAAAUUCUUGGAAUAAGGCCAAAGAUUGGAACUGGCGCAGGGACAGGCGCACCGAUCUGGGAGAUGUUGAGUGGGUUGGUGGUUGGUAAGGGGGCUCCCUUCCCCCUUUUUUUUGGUCGGGGCUUUCUCAACCACCAAUCGUGGUUAUCGCCGCCAUCGUUUAUUUGCUGGCAGGAAAACACAAAAUGGGAGCAGUUUACUUAGAGCGCUUGGAACCAGGAUCAUGGAGAAUGCACAAAAACGGGGUUUGCCGUCUCUGCAUCGAGCCCCCUCUUCUUUUGGUAGGGGGUUCUGCAUUGUAGACGGGGAUUUUCAGAUUUGGAUCCCCAUGGUUUUUCUUGUUAAAAACAACUUUUUUGGUUAGAGUACUUUGAGGGCACUGCUGCUAUUGGCUUUUUGUGCCGGGGACGAUGUAGGCUUUGACUCGCUUUCUGCGUAUCAAUUAUUUAACAUAAUAAAACAUACCAGAGGUUACCCACUCAAUUUAUAAGUUUCUCGUGUGCAACUGUGAUGUUUUGGUUUUUGUAGAUUUGAGGAUUGGGUUGGGGAGCAUUCCAGCUUACGUCAGUUGGGACAUGAUGUUUGUUUGUUUACAUUGAAAGUACAUGUGGUUCACAUUGAGGACAUGUGGAUGACUAUGUAUUGACUUGAGCUGAUAUUUUCAUCAUGUAAGUACUUUGGGCUCAAAGGUGUUGCCUUAGGCGUUUACAGUAAGUGAAACAAUAUACCAGAUGGAAGU